CCGGCAUCGCCCUCUAGGCGGGAAAUUCGCGGGGUGCCAAGCUUCCGGCGACCAUGGAUCGGCUGCGGGACGUGCGGGAGCGGCUGCAGGCGUGGGAGCUCGCGUUUCGGCGGCGGAGCGGACGGCGGCCGGGCAAGGAAGACGUGGAAGCGGCGCCCGAGGAGACCCGCGAUCCCCCGACCCCGCUCUCAGCGCUGUACCGAGAGUACCGCUCCCUGAAGGAAGCACUGGGCCAGGCCGGCAGCGUCGAGCCUCACGGCUCGAAGCAGUCGCUUCCCGCGGCGGCCGAGCAGAUGUUGGAGCCCAGUUGCUGGGGGCACCACCUGAAUCGGGCUGCGACCCAGAGUCCCCGUCCUUCCUCAGGGUGGAACUCUCAGGAGUCUGCGCAGGACUAUGGGAAGAGGCUUAAGGCCAACCUAAAGGGCAGUCUGCAGGCUAGGUCAACCCUGGGCCAGAUACCCCGGCUUGCACAAAGAUCCUCUGCCAAGAUUCCUUCACCGGAGCCACCAGGCACAGCAGCUGCCCCCAUCUUUCCAGAAAAUGUCAAUGAGGUGCUCCCUCAGCCUCCCAGGCCCCAGCUGAGGCCAGGCCGGCUCCAGCAGCUGAGGGCAUCCCUGAGCCUGCGACUGGGCUCCCUCGACCCUGAUUGGCUGCAGCGCUGUCACAACAGGACCCCAGAUUUUCUGGAGGUUCCCAGGACCUGCCAGCCUGGCCUGGGUGCAGAGGAUUCACAGCUUCUGACUCCAGCUGUUGCAUCUGUUCUUAGCCCCAGUCCUGGUCGUGAGGUGCCUUUGCAGGGCGCAGAGGUUCCAGCCUUACCAGCAGCUGGUGUCAGUGCAGGGAAGUGUCAGCCUGGUGACCAUCAAGGCAAGAAGCGGAGACGGAGUGGGGAGCUGGAGGGAAGUCUUGCACAGACCCAGCAGGGCACUGACCAAGCAGGACCCCUGCCUGAGGGAGCUGGGGCUGCAGGGCCUGCAGAGGACUGUCCAGAGCAGCCUGUGAAGGCACAGCCCCCAGGCAGGACCCCAGCCUCCAGAUCUGCCAUCCAGGACAGGGGGAACUAUGUGCGGCUCAACAUGAAGCAGCGAUGCUAUGUGCGGGGCCGGGCCCUGCGGGGCAGGCUCCUUCGCAAGCAGGUGAGAUGGUGGUACCAGGUGCUCCCCCCAGCUGCUUGCCCUGUGAUCCUUCUUUGUGUCCCCAACCAGGCAUGGAAGCAGAAGUGGCAGAAAAAAGGAGAGUGUUUUGGGGGUGGUCAGCCCAGAGCCCCAGCCCAGGAUUCUUGCUCCCAGCAUGGGCAGCUCAGCCACUGGGCGUCCCGAUGCCCUCAGCCUGAACCUCUCCUGGCCCCUCAGAAGGAGGAUGUCAAGGCUGCGAAUGGCGCACAGACCCAGCACACGUUACAGGAAGAUUCCCUGAGGACCAGUCCAGCCUGCUGCCAACUCUCUGCAGAUGAAGAAGACGCUGAGCCUGGGGCGCCUGAGCUGCUGAUGCCCACGGGGCAGUCUGUGUCCAGGACGCCCUGUCCGCCUCUUUCCGUGCCUCCACUCUACCCACUGGGGCCCUCGGGUCAGGUGGCAGACACACCGGCUGAGGUGUUUCAGGCCCUGGAGCAACUGGGGCACCAAGCCUUCUACCCUGGGCAGGAGCGUGUGGUCAUGCGGAUCCUGUCUGGUGUGUCCACCCUGCUGGUGCUGCCCACGGGGGCUGGUAAGUCCCUGUGCUACCAGCUCCCAGCGCUGCUCUACUUCCGGAGAAGCCCCUGCCUCACCCUGGUCAUCUCUCCUCUCAUGUCACUCAUGGAUGACCAGCUCUCUGGCCUGCCCCCCGGCUUGAAGGGGGCCUGCAUUCACUCGGGGAUGACCAAGAAGCAGCGGGACUCUGCCCUGCAGAAGGCUCGCGAGGCCCGAGUGCAGGUGCUGAUGCUGUCCCCAGAGGCGCUGGUCGGGGCCGGUGCUGGCACCCUCCUCUCUCAGCUGCCGCCGAUCGCCUUUGCCUGCCUCGACGAGGCCCACUGUCUCUCUCAGUGGUCCCACAACUUCCGGCCCUGUUACUUGCGUGUCUGUCAGACGCUGCGGGACCAGACGGGCGUCCACUGCUUCUUGGGCCUUACAGCCACGGCCACACGCAGCACUGCCCUCGACGUGGCCUGGCACCUGGGCGUGACCGAGGAGUCCGUGCUCAGAGGGCCAGCUACCAUCCCUGCCAAUCUGCACCUCUCCGUGUCCUCGGACAGGGACCCAGACCAGGCACUGGUGACGCUGCUGCGGAGUGACCGUUUCCGGGCUCUGGACUCCGUCAUCAUCUACUGCCACAGGCGAGAGGACACAGAGCGUGUCGCCGCCCUGCUGCGCACCUGCCUGCGCGAGGCCCGGGCCCCAGGGCCCCAGGGCCGAGCACCGGAGGCUGUGGCUGAGGCCUACCACGCUGGCCUGUGCAGCCGAGAGCGGCGGCGGGUGCAGCGGGCCUUCAUGGAGGGCCGGCUGCGCAUGGUGGUGGCCACGGUGGCCUUCGGGAUGGGGCUGGACCGGCCGGAUGUGCGGGCUGUGCUGCACCUGGGCCUGCCCCCCAGCUUCGAGAGCUACGUGCAGGCAGUGGGCCGUGCAGGGCGUGACAGGCAGCCGGCACACUGCCACCUCUUCCUUCGGCCCCAGGGCCAGGACUUGCGGGAGCUGCGCAGACACGUGCACGCCGACGCCGUGGAUUUCCUCGCUGUGAAGAGGCUGGUGCAGCGUGUGUUCUCUCCCUGCACUUGUCCCCGGCAGCCCCCAGAACAGGAGGGCAGCGGGAGCGGGGAAGGGCGCUUGGCCGGGGCCCCUGUAGCUGCGAGCGCCCAGGAUCCUGGCCAGCCCAGCAUCCCACACACACCCCGGUGCCCAGGCCAUGAGCGGGUGCUCCCAGUGCAGCCAACUGUGCAGGCCCUGGAUAUGCCGGAGGAGGCCAUUGAGACGCUGCUGUGCUACCUGGAGCUGCACCCACGGCGUUGGCUGAAGCUGCUCGCACCCACCCAUGCCCGCUGCCACCUGCGCUGGCCUGGGGGCCCCACCCAGCUCCAGGCCUUGGCCCUCAGGUGCCCCCCACUGGCUCUGUGCUUGGCCCAGCAGCACCCCAACAUGAGGCGGGGGUGCAGUUCUGUGGAGCUAGAUCUGGUCGAGCUGGUGGACUCUACGGGCUGGGAGCUGGGCCCUGUGCGGCAGGCUCUCCUCCAGCUGCAGUGGGACCGAGAGCCUGGGACAGGUGUGCCCCAGGGCACGGGGGUACUGGUGGAGUUCAGGGAGACGGCCUUCCACCUGCAUAGCCCGGGGGACCUGACGGCCCAGGAGAUGGACCAGAUCUGCGACUUCCUGCACGGCCGUGUGCAGGCCCGAGAGCAAGAGGCCCUGACCCGCCUCCACCACACCUUCCGGGCUUUUCACAGCGUGGCAUUCCCCAGCUGCGGGCCGUGCCUGGAGCAGCCCGCCUGGGAGCACAGCAGCAGGCUCAAGGCCGUGCUCAGUCAGUAUUUUGAGGAAGAGUCAGAGCAGCCGGGGGGCCUGGAGCCAGAGGACGACCCCAAGCUGGGACAGGACAGGCUCCAGGACUGGGAAGACCAGAUCCGCCGGGACAUCCGCCAGCUCCUGUCCUCGUGGCCAGAGCAGCGAUUCUCGGGCAGGGCUGUGGCCCGGGUCUUCCAUGGCAUCGGGAGCCCCUGCUAUCCAGCCCAGGUGUUCGGGCGAGACCAGCGCUUCUGGAGGAAGUACCUGCACCUGAGCUUCCCUGCCCUCAUGCACCUGGCCACGCAGGAGCUCCUGCUGUGGGGCCGCUGACCACCCUUCUGCAGAGGACCCAGCGCCCCCUUGUCCCAGACAGGGGCCUAAGUGGGGCUGCAAGGCCACAGCGUGGGGGUGUCAGGUAUAGUGGGUCCUCAGGGUACAGAUGGAAGGGGAUGCAGUGAUCAGGACAGUGAUCCACCACCCCAAACACAGCCCACCACCAGGAGCAUGGGGGCAGAGAGGCCCCAAAGUGCAGAAUAAAAGUUGCUCGAGUUGUUUUCAGGA